AUGAAGCCAUCUCUUCUUGCAGACCUAGACUUCCUGCUUGGUGGCGGUGGACUGUUCUGUUGUGACGUGGUGAAUGGUGGUGCAAUAUCAAUUGAGUGUUUGAUGUCCACCCAUACCUGUCAGAUGAAUGAGCAUUGUGUGAACACGGCUGGGAGUUUUGUGUGUCCGCGUCAGAUCACCUGUCCUCUGGGUUACCAGAUCAGCAACGAUGUCUGCGAAGAUAUUGACGAGUGCGUCCAGGGGACUCAUGACUGUGGGCCAGGCUUUGAGUGUGUGAACAGUGAGGGUUCGUUCAGGUGUAACGCCAAACCGCAAUGCUCCAUGGGAUUCACACAGGACACACAUGGGAAUUGCAUCGACAUAGAUGAAUGUGGUGUAGUGGGCCAGCCCUGCAGUCGUGGCUUUAACUGUAUCAACACAGUGGGAUCCUACAGUUGUCAGAUGAAGAUCAUCAUGUGUAACCGUGGUUACCACGCAAACCCUGACGGAACCAGGUGCUUAGAUGUGGAUGAGUGUCAGAGCGCUCUGCAUCGCUGUGGGGAGGGACAGAUCUGCCACAACCUGCCCGGCUCCUACCGCUGUGACUGCCAGACGGGCUACCAGUACGACAUGUUCAGGAAGAUGUGUGUGGAUGUGAAUGAGUGUUGGCGCUACCCCGGCCUGCCCUGUGUGCCCAGACCUGUGAGAAACACCCCGGGAUCCUAUCAGUCUCCUGCCACCGCCCGGCUUCAGCUUAUCCCAGCAUGGCAAAAGAACGUGUGAAACGUGAACGAGUGUCUAACCAACCCCUGCGGUCAGGAGUGUGCCAACAUCUAUGGCUCCUACCAGUGUUACUGCAGACAAGGCUACUACCUAAGAGAAGAUGGACACACCUGCGACGACAUUGACGAGUGUGCCCAGAGCAUUGGCCACCUGUGUUCCUUUAAGUGUGUGAACGUCCCAGGGAGCUACCYGUGUGCCUGCCCUGACUACGGCUACACCAUGUCUCCCAAUGGACGCGCCUGCAAGGACAUAGACGAGUGUACCAUCGGGGCCCAUAACUGCUCCUUGGCUGAGACCUGCUACAACAUCCAGGGAGGCUUCCGCUGUCUGUCCUUCGACUGUCCACAGAAGUACCGCAAAUCCUCUGACACCCGCUGUGAACGACUGAGCUGCCCCAACUUCCUGGACUGUCAGAACUCUCCCCUGAGGAUCACCUACUACCACCUGAGCUUCCAGACCAACAUAGUCAUCCCCGCCCAGAUCUUCCGCAUUGGCCCGUCCCCUGCCUACUCCGGGGACAAUGUCAUCAUCAGCAUCACCCAGGGCAAUGAGGAGAACUACUUUAGCACGCGGAAGCUGAAUGCCUACACAGGCGCAGUGUACCUGCACAGGCAGGUCCAUGAGCCCCGGGACUUCCUGAUCGACGUGGAGAUGAAGCUGUGGAGACAGGGCACCUUCACUACGUUCCUGGCCAGGCUCUACGUCUUCAUCACAGCCAACUCACUCUAACAGACUGGCCCCCAGCCUCCCCCUGCUKCUACCCACCCCCCUAAUGGACAGCCAGUUCCCCUCUGACCCCCUACCCCUCAAUGGACAGUAUGGAUGUUUGACAAUAAGUCAGUCAACUUCCAUAAUCAUACCAGUUGCCCAAUUUUAUAACACACUGAUGAUUAGGGUUGCAAAAUUCCUGGAACUUUCUAUAAAUUCCCUGGUGUUCCCGAACUCCUGAAUGGAGGAUUCCCGGAAUCAGGAGGGAAUAAGCAGGAAAUCCGGGGAAAUUCGGGAAAUACAAUUUCAAACCAGUAUUUCCGGAAAACCAUGGAAUUUAUAGAACGUUCCAGGGAUUUUGSAACCCUACUGGUAAUAGCAAAAGUCGUUUUGCACUGUGAAAAGAAAUAUGUUUGAACUUUAAAAAAAGAAGUGACCUGGCUGCCUUAGAAUUGGUUAUGUCCACUCAGUAGGUGAAGAUGAGUUGACAAAACGUCAAAUGAGUGACAUUAGUUGAUUUACCUUGAAAUCUUCAGUCAGUGGGCUAGAGGUAACUCGUUUUUACAGCCGAGAGCAGGGGUAGGCUGAUGGAGCUGAUGGUCGGGGGGCCGGAACAUAAUUAUUGCAAUUUGUACACAAAAUUGUGGAAAUACUUGGGAAUACAUUUCCUAAUUGUAUUUUUUUACCAAAUCACUUGCGGGACGGUUUUGGCUCGCGGGCCGGAUGUUGCUGACCCCUCGUCUAGAGUGUCUUUAACCCACUAAGACAGGUUGUGUUGUCAGUCAAAAAGUUACAGUAUCAGUGCCUCACUCCAAAUGAUCAUUUGAUCUUUCAUCURCCUUAUGCUGCUGUUCCCUCCUAUCCUCUUGAAGAACUUUGUACCACUAUGCUAAUUUAAUAUCGCAGUAUAUUAUGACAUGUAUUUGUACCUCUGUAUAAUUCAGACACAUUAUGCCUGGAUGUAUCAUAUUUCUGCUGGUUUUGUAAGCUGCAAAUUAUUGUGUUUUUUGAACUAAAACUACACAAACUGUU